CAGGAACGGUUUGGGAACAUGACGCGGGUGUACUACAAAGAGGCUGUGGGGGCAUUUGUUGUCUUUGAUGUGACGAGAGGUGCCACAUUUGAAGCUGUGUCUAAGUGGAAGCACGACCUCGACAGUAAGGUGAAGCUGGCUAAUGGCAACCCCAUCCCCUCAGUCCUCCUGGCCAAUAAAUGUGACCAGAAGAAAGAGAGCUCGAACAACAUGGCGCUAAUGGACAAUUUCUGCAAAGAGACUGGCUUCCUGGGCUGGUUUGAAACUUCAGCUAAGGACAACAUCAACGUGGACGAAGCAGCGCGGUUCCUCGUAGAAAACAUCUUGGCUAAUGAUAAAGGUUUGCCAUAUGAGGAGAGUAAUGGAGACCGGAUCAAACUCGACCAGGAGACUGUGGCUGCUGAGAGCAAACCAGGCUGCUGUUAA